UCUCCCUCGAUAACACCGUAGUGGUGUCGAGUUGGCACCACAGAAUCAGUGUCGCAACAUCUUUGCGAUCAGUUUGAGACUUUCUCUGGCCCCCCCAGAGUGCAUUCCUGCUUGUCACGAGAGCUCUCCACAGCUCUGUACCUGACCAAGUGGAAGCUCAUCAGACAACGGUCGCCCUUCUCUAUUUGCAGUCCCAUCUGCACCGACGCGACAACUCCUCACCAAAACACCCACGGGAUACGGCAGGACAUAACGCGCCACAACAAUCCGACGUCAACGGCACCCAAUACAAGCUUCCAGACAAGAGCAGGAGGGACUGAUCUUGAGCCAAGAGGGCAUCUCAAUUCGUAGCAUACCCGUCUUUGCCUCUGUAACCAUUGUCUACUGUCUCUUCACAACGGGCCAUCACGGUGACCCAGCCCUGUCGCCCCAAGUAAAUCAACUGCCCAUCUACCAGCCAGUGCCUGGCUUUGUGUCAUCUCAGUACUUGUAAUCUGUCGCCAAUCAGACCAUCAUGUCUGAAGCUGAACCACGCCGUUCGGUGCGCAGCACCAAGGGCCAACAUAAGGGCCUCCCCGACUCUCUCGAGCAGCCCGCCGAACCGAAGCGCCGCGGCAAGAAGGCCGCCAGCAAGAAACAGGCCGAGCCCGAACCAGAGGAUGAGGAGGAGGAGGUCAUCCGCUGUGUCUGUGGCGCCACCAGCCAGGACACCGAUGACCCAGACGAUCCCUGGAUCGCCUGUGAUCAAUGCCACGUGUGGCAGCACAACGUUUGUGUUGGUAUGAGUGUCUUCGACGAAGAUCUCGAGGACAUAGAGUACUAUUGCGAGGAGUGCAAGCCCCAGAAUCACAAGGCACUGCUUGAAGGCCUGAAGAAGGGAGAACACAUCUGGGAAACAAGGCGCAAAGAGUACAUGGAAGAGAAAGAGGCCGAGAAGAAACAGAAGAAAGGGCCCAAGAAGGGCAGGAAGCGGCAGAGUGAACUUCACGAUGAGCCUCGCUCUGCUCAGAAAUCCACAAAGUCUUCAGCCUCCCCCGCUCCCGAGAAGAAGCUGCCAGCAACAAAGGCUGCUGCCGCCAAGCGCAAAGAGCGCCAUGAUUCUGCCGAUACUGCUGCCAAGGAGCCGUCCAAAUUGCGCAAGGUAUCCGAGAGCCAGGCUGUGGCCGCUCCGCCCUAUGAGCCCCCCAGUGACCUGCCCGACACCAUAGCUGGGCUGGCCGAGGGACGCCAGGGGCCUGCGAAAUUGCUGCAAAAGUCUCUCCUUCACGCGCUCAACCAACACGAGAAGAAGGGCGGAUACAACCCUUCUGAUGGAGUCUCCAACGACUCUCGAUCGGAACGUCUAGCCAUUGCCAUAGAGCGGGCGGUACACGAUUCACACCCUGCCCGUGAUGAGUAUGGAAGACAGUGUCGAACACUGGGUGCCAAUCUGAAGUCUAAUCAGGAGCUCAUCGGCCAGCUGCUCAAUCACUCCCUCACUCCACCCAUGCUGGCCGUCAUGACCUCGGACGAUCUGCAGACAGAGAAGCAGCAGCAAGAGACCGCGGCUGCCAAGGAGCGUAACGUGCGCCAGUCGAUCAUCGCCACGGACGAAGUACAGCCGGGACCCCGGUAUAAGCGAACGCACAAGGGCGACGAGCUCAUCGACGACGGAUACGUUGGCGCCGAUUCUCCUGGUCUUCCGGCCCGACAGCCUCCUCAGGCGGCCAAAGCCAGUGGAUCGCGUGCCCAGCAAUCCCACAGCCGCAAGCCAUCAGGAGAGCCGAUGAAGAUUGACACGCAGCAGCAGCAGCAACAGUCACCGACAAGUAAUUUCGAUAUCAACAAGGUCUUCUCCAGCGUCAAGUCUCCCACAGCCACGACGAUGCGGCGACCAUCAGGACCUGCUCCUUCUCAAGGACCCGGUGUUGACCCUGAUGUCGACAGACUUCUUGAAGAUGAUGGCAACGAGUCUCCUCCAUAUUCGCCAACGGAGGAGACCGAUCCGGAUGUGGUGUGGAGAGGCCAGCUCAUCAUGGCUGCAACCGCGGACUUCCAGGCUGUUGCAAAGCAUGUGGCUGGAGCCAAUCUUUUCAAGACGAUCAACCUGCCUUGGACGACCCUUCUUCCUAGGAAGUUGAAUGUGGGAGGACGUAUCGCCACGAACUCAGCUACUGAGUACCUGUGCAGUCUCCGAUGGAACUCCAUGGUUGAUCUCGUCGUGACCAGCCUCACCCCAGCAACAGAGGCUGGGAAGGCCGAUUUCGACAAAAUAUUCAACUACUUUGUGAGCAAGGAGCGAUGGGCUGUUGUUGGAGAUAAGGGCACUGGAAACGUCAAAGACACAUAUCUUAUUCCGGUGCCGGCGGGCACUGGCAAUCAUCCCGAAUUCCUUCUCAACCUGGAGGAGAACUACCUCCCCAACAGCCGAACGGAGAACAUGUUGCUACUCGUCAUCGUCUUCCGAAACGAUGAGAACACCCUAAAGAAGCUCCAUGGUCCUGACUGGAACACCAACACCAACUCAUCGGGUCCAUCACCCGUGCCGAACAACGCGUCGCCCAGCCCGGCGCCAUCAACAUUUCCUCAACGAGGUACUCCCAUGGCUGGGCCCGCCUUUUCUCCGACUACGCCGCAGGUCGGUGCCGGCGUCUCUCCAGUGCCUUACUCUGGUGUCCAGGGCCAACAUCACAUUAUGCACUCGAACGUCCAAGCAGGUGUUGCUCCGGCACCAGCCCAGUUUGCAACGGGCCACCAGGACGCUGAGGCACAAGCCAAGGCCAUCCUUGGACCCUUUGCCACUGCGCCGACCCUAGGAUUCUUGAUGCCACACGCUCAUAAGAUGGCGCCUAACGAGUGGUCCAUCAUCCGUCGUGUUCUGGAGCGAGAGCCCAAGGCCCGGGAGGACCUGGCUGUCUUGGGUUCUCUUAUAGCAAAGGAACAAACACCCAUUUCGCUCCCAACCAUCCCUGGAAUGCCGGCAUCUGUCCACCAGUCCUACCAACAGGCCCAGGCACAAGCACGAAAUGCCCAGUCACCGCCAGCUGCGCCUCCGGCUUAGGGGGUAGAUUGAGAAGCUGUACACACUCCUUUUCCGGAUUCAGUAAAAGCUUAUCGGCGUUGCGCUGUGGGGGCUGUGAUACCAAAUUUUUUUUCUUCUUUUUCCUCUGUUAUUUGUCCUUAUUUCUUGUUCGCUCGGGAUCACGACAUGGGCGUUUUGAAGGUACUCAGUACAUUAAUUUGGGGUCUUGUACUUUAGAUUACUAGAUCUUUAGUGAAUGGAAAUGUUUUGAUGUUUGAU